CCCUUUUUCCUUGUGUCAGGACGCCCAGUUAAAGAUGGGCAUUAACUUGAGCCGCACUGCUGUAGCCUCAGAGGAGCCAGCACCAGGCACCAGCAGCACAGACACUGUGGACAGCACAUCUACACCACAGGAGCAGACCUCAGAGCAGCCAACAGAGACUCAGAGUGAAGCUCGUAGCAGCAGCUGUCCAAUUGACCUGUCAACGAAGAAGAGUCCAGAGCUGGAGUCCAUCACCGAAACUGCAGCUUCUACCAUUUCUAUGGCCAUUAGUAAAGACUCCCCCUUUGGUUUCAACUCACUCGGCGGCUCCUCAUUCGCUGACUUGGCAAAAAACACAGAUGGAUUUGCAUUUGGAAACCAAGACUCGAGCUUCUCUUGGGCGAAUGCCGGAGCGAUGGUGUUUGGGGCCGCAGUGAACUCGGCACCCAAAAAAGGAGGCGACGACCAGGGCAGCGAUGAAGAGGAGGCUCCCAAUAAUGAGGACAUUCACUUUGAACCAAUAGUGUCACUGCCAGAGGUGGAGACAAAGUCUGGUGAGGAGGACGAGGAAAUUCUGUUUAAGGAGCGUGCCAAGCUGUUCCGGUGGGACAGAGACCUUGGCCAGUGGAAAGAGCGCGGCAUCGGCGACCUCAAGAUCCUCUUCCACCCGACCAAACAUUUCUACCGAAUCCUAAUGCGAAGAGAGCAGGUGUUCAGGGUUUGUGCCAACCAUAUUAUCUCGGAGGCAAUGGAGCUCAAACCUAUGAAUGUUGCCGCUAACGCGCUGCUGUGGACCGCCACCGACUAUUCAGACGGCGACGGCGCAGUGGAGCAGCUGGCGGCCAAGUUCAAAACCCCAGAGUUAGCCGAAUCCUUCAAGAAGACAUUCUGCGAGUGUCAGAAAAGAUUGGUUCUAAGUGAGGACUCCAGCAUCUCACCGCAGAUGUCUAGAGUUCAAGCGCACUCCAGGGACACCAAUCCGCAGGUGUUUCUCCAAGUGUCCGCCGCCGGCGAAACCCUGGGCACCGUUACCAUAGAGCUUUUCUCCCAAGUCGUGCCGAAGACGGCAGAAAAUUUCAGGGUUCUCUGUACUGGCGAGAAAGGCUUUGGACUGCGGGACUCAGUCUUCCACAGAGUCAUACCAGACUUCAUGUGUCAGGGAGGUGACAUCACCAACAGUGACGGCACAGGCGGUAAGUCCAUCUACGGCAGCAAGUUUGAGGACGAGAACUUCAGCAUUCGGCACACAGGCCCGGGGAUUCUGUCGAUGGCCAACCGUGGACGCGACACCAACAACUCGCAGUUCUUCAUCACGCUGAAGAAAGCCGAACACCUGGACUACAAACACGUGGCUUUCGGCUGGGUUCGGGAUGGAAUGAGUGUGGUGCAGCAGAUGGGGAAGCUUGGCACCAAAGGAGGCACGCCUACAAAGAAGCUGGUCAUCACAGACUGUGGGCAGCUGUAGAUUUCUUUUUUUUUUAAACGUUAAGAUCAACAUAUAUAGCUUGAUUUAGGUUAUAACUCAAGGCCAACAAGGACUUUGGAUAAUCCCGUGUUCCCUACGUGGUACAUACACUCCUGCUAAACCUGAAUCUCGAGUCAGAAAUUGAAUACUGAUCACAGGACUGCUGGUCAAGACCUUCUAUCCUACAAACUUGACCCCAGUGGCCUGGAAUUAGAAGAAAAUUAGCUUGAGAAAUGUAGUUAAAAAGCUAAUGUCUAAUGACAUGGUGAGGGUGCAGGCACUUGGAGCAAUCACGUUGCUCUUUUGCAUUUCCAUCAAGAAAAUUCCCUUUAUUUGUUUAUUUUGUGUGUAUAAUUGUACAUGGAUUACUUUUGUAAUGUCUAUUUUUUUGUCUUGCAUGUUCUCAGUUUGAUUGUACUGGUCCAUUUCACAAGUUCCAGAGAUUUGCUUAUUCUCUUUUGAAGAAGUCUUAACUAAAAUAGAAAGGUUGCUCUUUGAAUGCGUCAGUCGAUUUGUUACUGUCACCCCCCAAUUCUGUCCAAACGGUUUGAACAAAGCAAUGUUUUUGCUUUGUUCAAAUGGAUUUUUCGAUUUGUGUGCAGAUAAUUCAAUUUAAUAUUUGCCCACGUACAGUUAACACGAGUCAUCUCACAAUGUUAACAAACAUCAGGCGAGAGCGUUCCGAUUCGAGAUGAUCAUCAUUUGAAAUGGAAACGGUGCCUGUUGUACCAAAGUAGUGUGACGAAGGAGAAAUAAAGUUGCUUUACAAUUAA